AUGGUGAAGCACCUGCAGCUGACUCCGGGAGAGUUAAAACAGUACCUUACUCAGACUGAGAGACUCCUGCUGCGCUGCUACAUGCAGAGGCUGCAAUGGCUGCUCUCCGGUAGCAGGCGUGUGUUUGGGGCGGUGCUGGAGAGGGAGGUGGGUGCUGCUGAUGUGUCCGGCUCCAUGGCUCCCUGCCUGGGGGAGCUGAAGACCAAGCUGGCCUCUCUCAUCUGGGAACAGCUGCAUCACAACACAGUCAGGUUCUCUCUGCUGGCGUUCUCCGAGGGGGUGAAGGCGUGGCGUCCGGCACUGCAGGAGCCUACAGAGGAGGCAUGCCGCGACGCGGUGCAGUGGGCAUAUCAGCUCAACACCCAUGGGGGAACCAACACUCUGGAGGCCCUGCAGACUGGCUGUGGGUUUGGGGACAGUGUGGGCCUGUACCUGCUGUUCUUGACUGGCUGUGGGGUUUGGGGACAGUGUGGGCUCUGUACCUGCUGA